UAAGCUGACCUACAGGUAGCCAAGAACUCAUUGAAGGAGUUUUCUUCCUUCUCUCUCCUUUUCGUUCUCACAAACUGUUCUAAAUAUAAUUAUGCCAAAGUUCAAUGUGCAUAAGCAAGGGCAAUAGAGGAGUAGUACAUUAUACAGCAGGUUCAUGUUGCAGAUUAUAACUACUGAGAACAAGUGAAGCCACACACCUGAGAAGGCAAUAACACUAAAUCCUCACUGCUUGCCAUGCAAAUAGGGUGACAAACUACCAACCAAAGAGAACACACUUAAGACCAAGAUGACCACCAAGAAGGCAGAUUUCCAGCGGAGGAUUGUCUCCAAGGAUGGACACAACCAAGUGCGCAUUGACAAUGUGGAGGGCAUGGUAAAGCUCUAUCUCCACGACAUCUGGACUACGGUGGUGGACAUGAAGUGGCGCUACAAGCUCACACUGUUCUCCUCCACCUUCGUCAUGACCUGGUUCCUCUUUGGCGUAAUCUUCUACUUCAUCUGCAUGGGCAACGGUGACUUCAAGGGUGAGCUGCUGUCCAACCACACCCCGUGCAUCAUGAAUGUUGAGACCCUUACUGGCGCCUUCCUCUUCUCCCUGGAGUCGCAGACCACCAUUGGCUACGGUUUCCGCUACAUUACCGACGAGUGUCCGCUGGCCAUCUUUGUCCUGGUGGUCCAGCUGGUCACCACGGGCCUGGCUGAGAUCUUCGUGACCGGGGCCUUCCUGGCCAAGCUGGCACGACCCAAGAAGCGGGCCGAGACUAUCAAGUUCAGCCAGUCGGCGGUGAUCUGCCGGCACGAUGGCAAGCUAUGUCUGAUGGUGCGUGUGGCCAACAUGAGGAAAAGCCUGCUGAUCCAGUGCCAGCUGAUUGGCAAGCUGCUUUCGCCCAACGUGACCGAGGAGGGUGAGAAGACUCUGAUCCACCAGACAGCUGUGGACUUCUACAUGGACUCAUGCGGGGAGUGCCCCUUCCUAAUCUUGCCCCUCACAUUCUAUCACGUGUUGGAUGAGAGCAGCCCGCUGGCGGGGCUGACCGCUGAGAGGUUGCGGACACGCGACUUUGAGCUGCUGGUCACCCUCAAUGCCACCAUGGAGUCCACGGCAGCCACGUGUCAGAGCCGCACAUCGUUCGUUCCCCAGGAGAUCCUGUGGGGCUACGAGUUCAAGCCCGUGCUCUUCAGCACCCCCAGUGGCCGGUACGUGGCCGACUUUAACUUCUUUGACAAGGUGCAGUUAAGCAGUGACCCGACACUCCUCAGCAACAACACAGAGAAGCUGAAACUGGAGGAGGUGUACAAGAAGGAAUAAGGGAGGACACACAAACAUGUUGGACACACUGGUAACGAACAUGAUACACUUUAAUUGUUGUUUUACCAUAGUUACUGUCUAGAAACAAUUUGGAAAUAUACCCAGCUAGCAAAUUUGGUUCCUUAGAAGUUGUGGGAACGUAUGUUUUUGGUUUCACAUUGGUUAUGGGAACGAAGCCAUAUGUUUCCAUAAGUAAAACAUUUGACCUGUUCUGGGAACAUUUAUUUUUAGGUUGCAGGAAGACCCUGAGAAAGUUUUACUCUGGUUCCUUUAAAGUUUUUCUGGGAGGUUUUAUUAAACCUAAAACCUAAACCCUAGCUUAUUUUGGGUUAAUGUUUUUGAACUCCAAGCAUUUCCUUAAGCAUUAAUCAUGCAAACACAUAUUUUUUAUUGUGACACAGCAUCAGUGGGAUUUGAACCUUUGAUCUUCUGUUUUCUAUCCAUGGAAUUAGUCCACUGCGCCAUCAAGAAGGAGCUAACAUGGCAUAUUUUUUACACAUACAUACAAAGCUGUUAAUUUUAGUAUGCUCAUACACACCUAAUUUCAAAGGAAACGAGAACUCAUUAAGAUCAGACGUGGCCAAUUAGUGGCCGAGGCCAACACACCUGAACACACUUAACAAGAUACAGGCUAGAGAGAGUUUUGUAGAUGCUGAGAACAGAAUGUAUAUGUUUUUAAAUAUCAAUCUUAGAACAUUCUCUAAACGUUACAAAAGUUUACUUGAGGAUUUGGAUAGAAUGUAUUCUUAACAUUCUCUGGACAUUUUGAGAACAUGACUUUAAAUAUAACCAUGAGGAAGCCUGUAGGAAACAUUAUACUGAAGUCCUGAAAUUCCCACAGAGUAACAUUGUUUCUUAAUGUUCUUGGAAGAAUUCGAUAAUGUGACUUUGAACAUGACCAUGACCACACAUUGACUCUGUACCGGUACCCCCUGUAUAUAGUCUCGCUAUUGUUAUUUUACUGCUGCUCUUUAAUUACGCCUUCCUUUUAUUUGUUAUUGUUAUUCAUAUUUUUUUAAACUGCAUUGUUGGUUAGGGGUUUGUAAGUAACCAUUUCACUUUAAGGUCUACACCUGUUGUAUUCGGCACAUCUGACUAAUACAAUUUGAUUUGAUUUGAGGAACUGUAAUGCUGAAGUACUGAAAUUGCCACAGAAGAUCGUUGUUUCUUAACAUUCUCUGAACUAUUUGAGAACAUUCCCAAUGUCAAACCAGUUGGAGAACGUUUCUAAAACAUUACCACCAUUAAAAUGAAAUGUAACCAUGUUUGAACUUUUAGGAAACGUUCUGUUAAAGUAAUGAAAUACCAAGAAAAUAAGUUCCUUAAAUGUGCUGAGAAUGUCCCAAAGAAACUAUCUUGCAUCAAUCCCAGAAGGUUGUGGGAAGGUUGUUUCUAAAAUAACCAUAGGACAACCACACUCUCAACAAGCUCUAAUAACCAAUAAUAAAUAAUUCUCUAAUAAUAAAUAAUUCUCAGAACGUUAUGUGCUAGCUGGGCAUAGUACAGAAAUAUAUAUGUUUGUAUAACUCAUAAACCUAAUGAGUGAAUGCUGACAAAUUUACGCAAAAUAAAUAAUGUACCUGAUCAGUGUGCAUCUGGUCAGAGUACAUUCAUGUGCUGUGUACCGUAUAUUUGGCAUAUUGUUUGUAUUUACAAGCUUUAUAAUAGGAGUAUAUGGACAUGCAUUCAGAAUAAGGACUGCGUCUCAGGUGCUGGUGUUUGUGUAAUUGAAUUUGUGGCAGUAACUGUAUUAGAAAAAAAAUAUGGAGGAUUCCAGGAAAACAGAACAAGAUGUUGUUACUUUUUAUCACCCAGGUUGUAUAUUUUAAUGAAUUAUACAUAUUUCACUCAAAAGGUAGAUGGGGAUAUAGCAAAACUAGUUUGAGAUAAUGGCUGUGUAAUGCUUAAAAGCUGUGUUCCAUCUGUAUCUCUGAAUAAACCAUUGGCUUUCAAGAA